AUGGCCGUCGAGGAGCUAAGUACUGAGGAUGUGAUCUAUAGGGCCCAUAUCAGGGCGAUACCGUCUGCAAAAGCAAUUCGGUUGGUCCAGUCCCGCAUUCGCCAGAGCGGUAUCGCCGUCGAGCAGGCCAGGUACCGGCUGAGUGCCGCCCUGAUAGCACUAUCUGCUCAAACGAGCUCGUCCACCCUGUCCACCUCAUACCUUGCAGAAGCUCUGAGCUCCGGGACUUUGGAUUCGCAGGAGCUUGCCAUCCAGGUGCUCUUUGGUACCAGCAAUGGUAGCUCGCUGCCUUCACAUUGUCUCGCUGCCAUCUCAGCAACGCUCAUGGGGACGGCAUGGGCGACAGCGAUCGCGCAGCCCCUCCCCGCCCAGCUGGCGAAUCCCAGUACUCUGUCUCCGCCAGAUAUCGGGACUUCCGCCUCAGCAACCGCUGCCGAUGCACCGUUGACUCCCACUCUUCAGCUCCUACUACCUCUCCUUCGCCUCUGCGCGGACUCGGUCACGCCUCCCCCUCUCCCAAUCGUCGCACUCACAGUCCGCCUGCUCUCCUCACUCGAACCAUACCCCGCUCCCCCGCUCGAGGUCGGCCUGGAGGCAUCCGCCCUCCUGCCUCAGCUCCCGGAUGCGAUCGCUAUACCACUCCGGACCUGUCUCGGCGGUCUCAUGGCGGAUGUCGCUAUCUCGCAGAGUGCCGCUGAGCUGAGCCUUGCUGCACCUCCCGCCGCUUCAGGUCCUGCUGGCUCGUCAGCGGAAAGCCAGCUCGAUUUUCCUGCUCUACCAUCUCCAUUCCCGGCGGACAGGCCGACCCCGCCGGUCCUUCUAUCGCAUAUGAUCUCCUUCCUCCUUACGUACACCCUCAACUCGGGCAAAACGGCCUUUUCCCUGUCGACACCGUCAGCCGAGUCUGGACUAUGGUCGGCGGACCUGCCGCUCCUCAAAGCCGGUCGAUACUUUGCAUCGCCCGAAAAGUACCUCGUCAAUCUCCUCGAAAGCUCGUUGCAGCUGGUCAUGGGGACGCAUCAGACUAUCACGCCCGACUUGCAGCGGUCGCUGCUGUUCGUGACGGAACGACUACCGCAGCUGCUAAAAUAUUGGAAAGAGAAUCCUGUUGUGGAGUGGCCGUAUCCAACCAAUCUCACCGAGUGCUUGACGACCGCUUUCGAACUAUCGGCUGCGAAUCUAUCCUCCUUCAACGCCUGGGUAAGCGCGACGUAUGCAGCCAGGCUGGCAGACGCGGAGGGAGGAGAUGACGGUGGCUCGUUCUCCAUGGUCGAGGGAUGGAGCGUGACCACAAUACAGGCGGUCCUGGUACGGCGGUUGGUGGACCUGGAUUUGCUGGAAUCAUCCGCGGUUGGAACAUUGUUACCGGGCGGGCUUCUGCCAUCUGGGGCAGUAGGCGAAUCUUUACUCGACCGUGCAUGCUCGGCAAGCCACGCUUCUCUUAUGGUCCUUGAGAUCAUUGUCGCCGCUUCGCCCGGAGCUUCCAGAGCGUUCGCGGCCGAGUUCUCACAAGCCCUGGUAGUGGCCCCUCAGAUCCCUCUUCCAGACAACCUCUUGAUCAACCUCUCGGCUCAUCCUACCCUCCUCAUCGCCCUCUCCUCCGCUCAUCAACCAAAGCAGCUCCUUGCAUUCGCCGUCAACCAGCUGCUGCACGCCCCUACCGACGAAUCUGCCCAGGCGGAUGAUCCUCAAGGUGUCUUGACAAGGUUUGGCGAGGGUGUUGUGUUUGUCGAGGCGGUAGUCGAUACCUUUGAUCUGGAGCUACCUUGGCUGCUUGCGCGGUCGCGGCGGGCGGUCAGUCUGGGACAUAUGGAUGGAGGUCAGAAGACGUCCCUGAACGGCUGGGUCAAGGCUUUGUUUAGUACAGAGGGUAUCGAUGAUCACAUACUUUUAUCUACGCCGCCACGGGACCUCUGCUGGCUGGCUCCCAGCAUCAUACAACAGGCUAUCGCAGCAACUGCUGCUGGUCGUCUCGAUCGGGAUGCUCUGCAUGGCGGAUUGUCUUACUUCUCGCAGCCACUUCUAAGCUGGUGUCUGGGCGGUAUCAUCUCGUGGCUCUCAAGCGAGGUGAUCAGGAAUGGGCUGAUCUCUGCGCUGCAUCUUGACGUGCUGCAGACGAUCUUGCUCAGCGACUCAACGCCCGAAGUCCUCAUCCGAAUCAACGGCAAGGCUAUCGCUCGGAUACUCGACCCUCAGUCUGCUCUGGCUACUGUCUUUCAAGCUGCAAGCUUCGAUGCGCAGGCAGUAAGGACCAAGCUGGAAAGUAUACAUAGCGCCGGACGAUCCUGGAACGCUGCAUCCAAUCCUUCUCUCCCACUCAACACCUUCCGCUCACAACUCCACGUCAUCCGGCACUUAGCAAUGACCCAGCAACCCUGGUCCGGUCCCUUCCUCGCCGACUUUCAGGACUGCCUCGUCUCAGAAGGUCCGCUCCCCAUGCUCGAGGUGCUAUACUCGGAGCUCGUCCGCCCGAGUCUUGAAUUCGACCGGGCAAAUGGCGAUCCGCUGGCCUGCUUCGCACCCACCCUCCUCGCUCUCACGGUCGACGGGUACCGACCUCUCGCCGAGGAGCUCAUCACCACCUUCGUUCCCCGCUAUAUCGAAAGCUCAUCGGCAGCCGCGGCCAGCACAAGCGACGCAUAUCAGCUGAGCGGACUAAUCAAAGCCUCACUCCUCGUCCUGGCUGAGCUCGAACCGAGUCGGGACGAUUCUGGCCCUAUUGCGUCUUUGGCGGCAAGGUUGGCGGAGGGGUUAGCGGAAGAUCUGGGAGCGCUGGGUCGGCGUCCAGUAAUGGAGGCAAGCGGUACAGGCAUCAAGCGGGUGCGGAAGCGGAAGCUGGCGGAAGGGUCGGGCAAGGCGCUGGAGGCUGGGCAGAAAGCAUUGUUGGAGGGGAUGAGGAAGGCGUUGAGCUCGGAUGAGGAGCUGUGCGCCAGGUUCCCGGCACUAGCGAAGAUUGGUCUCAGUUGA